AAUGAAGGGAAUUAAUCAAAAAAAUCUAGCCAAAAAUCAAAGUUGAUACUAGUACUCAUCAUCUAAGGAACAAAACCAAAAAAAAGAGAUAAUUCAAAGAUCAACAGUGAACUACCAAAAACAUGGCACUCUUUCCCCUUCAAUCCUCUUCCUUCACCAAUAAACCCCAAUUCCUUCUCCAUAAACCACUUUCUUCUAUCCCCACCAAACCCAAAUUCACCAUAAUAUGCCUAGAUUCCUCCUCCCCGUCAUCACAAUCUUCAAAACCUACCAUUAAAAAUGACCCAAUUGAGCAAUCUUCAACCACUUCAGAUAAAAAACCCAUUUCAUCAAAUGGGCAAGGAUUUGGGUCAAACCAAUUGCCAAAACCAUCAUCAACUGGUAAAAAGAAGGGGAAGAGAGAAAGAGCUUCAAUUAUUCGCAGAAAUCCUGUUGAAAAGCCUGCAUUUUUAGAUAAGAAAGCAGUGGACGAGGAAAAUAAGCAACAAGGUGUUAAUGAAAGUGCUUUUUUGCUUACUUGGUUGGGUCUUGGUGGUAUUAUUUUUGUUGAGGGCAUUGCUCUUGCUGCUUCAGGCUUUCUUCCAGAAGAGUGGGAUAAGUUAUUUGUUAAGUAUUUGUACCCAUCAUUCACUCCCACGGUCGUCUUAUUUGUUGCUGGUACAGUUGUAUAUGGUGUUUUCAAAUACUUGCAGAACGAAAAUCUGAGAAACCCAAAAUGAUGAUUUCCUUAACACGAGACACUUACUCAAUUCCUAUUGGCUCAUUGUUCCUUGUACUCUCAUUUUCAUCAACACUGGAUUGAGUACAGUUACAACGAUUUGUGCGACUCAAAGCUUGUACUUUACUGGUUGUCGGUUAGGGAAUCUCGUUAUAUGUGUUCUCAUUGUACGUAAUACUGUAUCAAUGUAAAUUGAGAUGUAGAUGGUAAAGUAAAGACUUGAGACUUAAUGUAUCUGAAUUCUGUUAAACAUGAAACUUGAAAGUAUUGUAGCCUUGGUUGAAAUGAGAUUU